UUUAAAAAAACAGACGUAAGUAACUAAUUUAUCCCUGCAGACGAGGAGUGCCACAUCAUCCCUCUCCUCUUAACCUCCGGCUACUCAAUGACACAAGAAGAACCCAACGCCCUGCCCUUCUAUCACCUCCUGUCCAUGAAGCACUACUACCCCAACACCGACCUUGCCUGCCACGCCACUGUGACAGCCGCCUCCAACGCUUGGGUCUCGCCUAGCUUCGAAAAGGACUUGACGGACGGCGUGCUGUGUAGCCGCGUCAAGUGUCCCUUCACCAGCGCCAAGAACCACUCCGUCGUCGUGGACCUGGGCGCCAGUGUCUACGUGAAGGAGGUGCACGCCGUCACCUACAGUCCGCCACAGAUCUACUCGCAGAAUUUCUACGCUUAUGUGAGUCCAACAAAACAGAAUCUUUCAAGGCUAACUGCAGAAUAUUAGUUUGAUGUAAAACUUAAGAUGGCUAUAUUAAGACUUUUUAUAAGACCCAGAAACCUUUUUAAGACAAG